AUGGGUCACGACAAAAACGAACAGGGCAAUGAAACGGGCUCAAGCAUGGAAGAAACGGACCCUUCUAUCAAAGUGAUCACCGGUGAGGGAGACUUGAUCAUCGAGUACAGUUCUGCCGGUGAUUCCACGUCAACAACCCGGAGAUGGCAAGUGGCAAGCGAGCUUCUCAGUUCCAACAGUCCGUACUUUCAUGCACUGCUAGACCCUACCAAGUUCUCCGAGGGAAGGCAAUUCAGUGCUCAAAAGCAAGCCUGGAACGAAAGUCAAGGGUCACACCUUGCCUCACAGCAUUUGUUGCCCACGGUGAAACUCCCAAGUGGCAUACUGACCAGCACAUGUGAGGAAGACUCUAUCGAGCUUUUCUUACAAAUACUAUGUCUGAAAUCUUUGAACGAAGAAGAAAGUGCGUCGUUCGAGCAUGAGUUGAAAUUCUUGUCUACGUCACUUGUUGCGAGGUUGAUUGAUCUUGCCGAUUCGUUCAACUCUCCGCGUAUUAUUCAAGACAUACUCCGAAAAGUUGGAUAUUCUUACGGAAAGACGAAACCGUCACUCAUUGCCAAGCUUAGCGCUUCAACCUUGCAAAUGAAGGAAGAUCGGAUUCGGCAGAUCAUCUUGAUAUCUGCCUAUCUCAAUGACUCAAGAGUCACCAAAAUCAUGACCCACGCUUUAUUGGUCAUUGGAUCCAGAUUCUGGAUCAAUGGACUAGAAUAUCCGGAAGAAGAAACUUUGCGCUGGCGUUAUCUACCAAACGGUCUCGAAGAGGAAAUCUAUUACAGACGUCAAAGCGUCAUGAACACCAUAACUGACCUCCAAGCAUAUUUCCUACGGGUCUAUGGAUGCCUUGAAGACCCCGACGGCGCAAAAGCAGCACCCAACACGAGAAAGCCAGGUGCAGCAUUCACAACAUCAGCGCCACUGACCGUCCACCUGCGUCAAUUCCAAUGCCGAGGUGGGUUAAACAACGCCAGCCAAUGUGAUCUCUUUCAACUAGGUCAAAUGACACGUUUCUUCUCACUGCGCGCCAAAACCAUCUUCUUAGGCUCGACGUUGAUAGACCCCGACUUCAGCGCAAACACCAAUGAAGAUAGUCACAGUGUCGGCGAAGAGAAAAUUGGCCACUCAGUUAAGACCCCGGCAGGUCCACCGUCUGAUAUAACCGCCAUCAUCGCCUCCCUCAAACAAUACCCAGAUUACCCAAUCGACGAAGCACAUUCCGGCUGUGGUGUCCGGCGCCGAAUCAUGGCUCCGUUGGAAUGUAUUGAGAAAUUCAUCCGGGACGAUCGCGGUCUGCUCGGUAUCAUCCUUCCAAUCUUGGACCCCCUCGUGUCAGAUAUCUCACAGCUAGCAAAGUGGACACCAUGGGCAGAUCUGGUCAACAAGAAGCAAACGGUCGAAGUUUCCUUCGCGAGGGUUACUGCCGUGUAUUACCCAUUAGCACCACAGAAGAACCAGCUGAGCCGCUCUACGCCUCAAGAAGAAGUUGGUCGGUUGUUAUUCACUGCAGCUAAGCGAGAUUGGACAGCGACUUCG